AUGACGCCACCUGGACGUGCAAUCAGUCACACUCGAUUCACCCUUCUGCUUUGGCUAGGUGGCAUGCAUGCGUUACCAACUCCACAGCAACAGACGGAGCCCGAUGCUAUCGAAGGUACUUCAAGUGCCAGCGCAUCUGCGACUUCCAUGACAAGCUCCACAUCAGGGAUUAGCAAUGCCGAGCUCAUCGGUUACGCUGCUGCAGGCAUCGCUGUACUACUCGCAAUCGCCGUUGGAGGCAUCAUCUGGAACAAGCGUCGCAAGCGAAAGACGGCGGUUGCGGCGGAGAGCGAACCCCCGCAGGGGAAUUCGCCCAGAAAAGAGUCGUUCGACUCGUCUGUAGAUGAGGAGCCUCAUAAAGCCUCGCAUGAGCCCGUCACCCCUGUCGUUGGUCAAAACUUAGCAGGACGAGGCGUGCAAGCGAAUGGCGGGAUGUUGAAGCACCAGCUUGUACCAGCAAAGGUCGUUCGCAAGUACAAGCGGGAUGAAAACGUCGAGUAUUCGAGCAAAGAAGAGCAGCCGACACAACGAUCCAGACGAGAACGUCGUUUGCGAAAGAAGAGUGACGACCGUAAACACCGGAGGCAAAGCGAGAGUUCUGAUUCUGAAACAGAAUCUUGUACAGACGAAUCCGUUCGCAGCAAGCGAAGGUGA